AUGACCGAAGUGGGCGACGUCGUCGAUGUUAUAUCCAUCGAUUAUCAAACUGUUUACGCGGGGACUCCAGUGUGCGACAUCAUUUACUUUAUAGUUUUGAGUACAGACGAAGAGUUCAGAAAGCAAUAUUUCGAUGAGUUAUUGGCUCACUACUACACGAAGUUAGAGGAAGCUCUGAAGAGGCUGUCGGUGGAUCCAUCAGAAGUCUAUCCAAGAGACAAAUAUAACAGCGAUAUAAAGAAGAUUCUACCAUUUGCAGUUGUAUUAGGAGCAACAGUAUUACCAUUAAUGACAGCUGAAUCGGAAAAUGUUCCACAAGUUGGUGGUGACCACGACAUCAACGAUUUCAUUCUGACACCAAACGAACUGUGUGCUCAGAGAUUCAGAGGAAUAGUCAACGAUUGUAUUAAGUGGGGUGUUCUUUAA